UAGGUAUAUAAAACCGAAUUUUUUUAUUUUUCCUUAUUUCUUUUAUUUUAUUAAGAUAUUAUUUACUGUUAAAUAAUCGUCUAUCGUAAUAAAAGCAUUGAUACUUGUCAAUAUUAUUCAUUAUAUAGUUAUGUGUUAACCAGUAUGCAGCAAUGCCAAUAUCAGUAAUGUUAUAUGUUUCCUGGUUGAUAAUAAUCAUAGACUUAUAAAGAUAUAUAUUUUAUCUUUAUAUGUCUAUGAUUUUAAUGUAUUUUUUGUGUAUUUUUAAGUAUUUAAUAAUUUGAAACGUUGGUGUGCCUGUCCGGUUACAGAUAAGUUCUAAAAUAUUUAAAGAAAUCAUAUCACAGGCCAUAACCAAUAGAGACUGAACAUUUUCACCUUGCCUAGUUUCAAUGGAGAUCAUUUGGUUUAUUUUUUAAAUGACAUUGAAACUUGAACAACCUAUUCGAUCCUAUAUUAAUUCUACAACCAAGUAUGUUGUCAAAUUAUGAUAGCCUAAACUAAGUUUUAAAAUGGUUGGCACAAGUACUAAGGUUGAUGAAUCUGUAGUUGAAGAUUCUUCCAUUACUACAUCAUUCACCAAAAUCAGUACAGCAUUAUUCUAUGCUGGUGCGUCUAUGUUAAUCACUGUUGUUAAUAAAUCUGUUUUAACCAGUUAUGGAUUUCCAUCUUUUCAAUUUUUAGCUAUUUGUCAAAUGUUUAUGACAAUUUUUGUAUUAUUUUUUGCUAAGAGUUUAGGAAAACUAAAAUUUCCAGAUCUCAAUAGACAUACAUUUAAAGAUACAUUUCCAAUGCCUCUAAUAUAUCUAGGUAAUAUGGAAUUUGGUUUAGGUGGCACCAAAGAAUUAAGUUUACCAAUGUUUACUAUGUUAAGACGAUUUUCUAUAUUGUUUACCAUGUUAGGAGAAUAUUAUUUGCUUAAUAUUAGGCCCAAGUUCUCUGUUGAAGUAUCAGUGGGCAUGAUGGUUUCUGGUGCUAUUAUAGCUGCUAGUAAUGAUUUAGGGUUUAAUUUUAGUGGAUACUUAUUUGUGUUGAUUAAUGAUUUAUUAACGGCUGCAAAUGGUGUAUUUACUAAAAAAAAAUUGAACUCGAAAAAAGAAAUGGGAAAAUAUGGACUGAUGUAUUAUUCAUCUCUAUUCAUGGUACUGCCUGCUUUAAUAUUGGUGUAUUUUUCUGGCGAUCUAGAUAAAGUAUACAGAUUUGGUUAUUGGUUGCAUCCACCCUUUUUAAUUCAAAUUUUCAUUUCAUCUAUAAUGGGUUUUAUUUUAAAUUAUAGUAUAAUGUUAUGUACUCAAUACAAUUCAGCUUUAACUACAACUAUAAUUGGAUGUCUUAAAAAUAUAUUUGUUACUUAUAUGGGCAUGUUUAUUGGUGGCCAUCAUCUCAACUCAAGUCAACAAAUUCUAUUGCUGUAUAAGACUUUACAAUAUUUCUUAAAUGUAUAUCAAAUUAUAUUAAAAAUACAAUAUACAACUAGUUACCUUUUAUUUUGUUAUAUGUUAUGAUUUAUAGUAUUUACUUAUGUCCUUUAUUUUAUGUCAUGUUA